AUGGCGGGAUCGGAAAGUAAUGGGCUUCCUGUGAUUGAUAUGCAAGAUUUUCCUGGGCAACUAUCGAAGCUGAUGGAGGCAUGUGAAGAAUGGGGAUGCUUUCGAAUUGUGAAUUUUCAAAAUUUUGUUCCACAAUCACUUAUGCAGGAUAUGAAGGGUGUAGUCAGAUCAUUGCUCGACCUUCCAAUUGAAAUCAAGAGGCGCAAUGUGGAUGUGAUUGCUGGAAGUGGGUAUAUGGCACCCAGCAAAAUUAAUCCACUUUAUGAAGCUCUGGGACUCUAUGAUAUGGCCUCUGCUCAAGACGUUGAUGCCUUCUGUACACAGUUAGAUGCAGCUCCUCACCAAAGGCAGACAAUUGUAAGAUAUGCUAGAGCAGUGAAUGAACUUAUGAUGGAUAUUGGGCAUAAAAUAGGAGAAGGGCUUGGUCUGAAAGGUGUUCCAUUUGACGGUUGGCCUUGCCAGUUCAGGAUUAACAAAUACACCUUUACCAAUGAAAGUGUAGGUUCCUCUGGUGUACAACUACACACAGACUCCAGCUUUCUUACUGUUCUACAGGAUGAUGAAAUUAUUGGUGGUCUUGAAGUAAUGAGAAAAUCAGGGACAUUUUUAGCAAUUGAUCCCUGCCCGGAAACUCUUCUUGUCAAUCUUGGAGACAUCGCUGCAGUUUGGAGCAAUGGAAGAUUUUACAAUGUCAAGCAUCGAGUGAUAUGCAAGGAAGCAGGAAUAAGGCUUUCAAUUGCUUCGUUUCUCUUAGGACCAAAGGAAGGGACGGUGGAAACACCAGCAGAACUAGUGGAUUCUGAACAUCCUCCUCUCUAUAUUCCUUUUACUUACGAAGAAUUCAGAAAGCUUCGAGUCUCUAAGAAGUUACACACUGGUGAAGCUCUUGAUCUUUUACGAGUAGAAUCCUAA